AUGAGUCUUGAAAACUAGAAUUAGAGCUAUGGGCAUGCGGGUACUCUUAGUUCUGGGGUUGCUAGACUUUAAUUGCCUAAAAACAAAUAGAAAGUCAGUUUUUCGAAUAAUAAUAGCUCACGACGGAGAAACUCAAAGAAGGAUGGUGAAAGUGGGUAUUCAUCUCGUUAAAAUACCUUGAGAAAGGAAGUCUUAAAUGAGAAGUUGCCAGAGCAUGAAAAGCGUGAUAGAGGAUAUCAUGCUAAGGAAAGUUUCUCCUUCUACCGAUAUAUGGCUAAAUAAAACUAGAUAGGCAAGGACUUCGCCAAUGAUAGAGAAAGGGAAUGGAGUGAAAAGUAUGCAGAAAUAGGUACAAUGAAUAAUAUCCUGAAGAUGAAGGUUGUUAUGAUGAGUGAUAAGAUCAAGAGUUUAAAGACUGAGGGGUUUAAUUACAAGGACCGUAAGAUAUCCAAAGCAGGAAGAAUCUGGGUGAAAGAAGGAGAUAAAAAUCAGAAUCUUGACUAUGAGAUGGAGGAAAGAAAGUUAUUCCUUAGAUCUUAGAUCAGAAAUGGUAUCUUAUGUAAAGAUACUGAGAUGCUCAAAUAAGCAAUAAAUACAGCUCAUAAAUAUCCCUAGAUUCUUGAUCAGAUCUAGUUAGAUGUUACUCAUGCCGAACUCGUUGUUAUUAAAAUUCAAGAGAGAAAGAGAUAAAUUGAGAAGCUUAGAGAAAAGUAAAGAAAUUUGGAGUUGAUAGAAGAAGUAGUAAAUGGAAGGUAGAGCCUACAAAGUAGUCAAAUUAAUAGUCCAAUAGGAAGCCCUGUAAAUUUAGAUUACUUUUCCUCAAGCGAAAGUGAUAGGUAUGAUACUUUCUAAAGGCUUUAAUAGCAGUUUAAUUCUGGUAUAUCUGAAGCAGAUACACUCGAGAAACUAGCUAUUGUACUUAAGAAGUAUACUAAACCAGUAGAAUUACCAUUCAAAACUAGAGAAGUAGAAGAUUUAUCAUACUUGAAAGAAUGA